AUGCAUGUAGGGGAAAUGAGAAGGCACUGCUUGUGGGACGACAUGGGAGGGAGAGGCGGCAGGGUAGAGCAGGUGUGGCGCGUGAGAGGAAUAAAUUCGCAGUCGUGGCCUGUGCACGAAGCGGCGUUAAUAGUAGCGAGUACGAGGUGGAGAGUGGCGACGUGGAGGGCGAUGUGCCACGUGGCAGAAAAACGCGGUUUCGUUUAUCGAGACGAGGGGAAGGGAAAAAGAAGAAAGGAGGGGAAGGGGAAUAAAAGAGAGAAGGGGAAGGGGAAAAGAGGAGAGGAGGGGAAGGGGAAGAAUGGAAAUGAGGGAAAGGGGAAAAGAGAAGGCGAGGGGAAGGGGAGAAGAGGAGAUGCGGAGAAGGGGAACGAAGCAGAUGAAAGGAAGGGGGGUGAUGGGCAGGAGCAGGCGGGUGGUGCGGGCGAUGGGAGGAAGGGGAGUGCAGGUGUAGUGGGUGCGGAAGCCGAGGGCGCUGAUGGGACGAGGCUGCACAGCCGGCGGAGGAGGAGGGGGAGGCCACGGAAAGUUGUCUUUGAGCGUGGUGCUGCUGUCCCGUCUGCCGGUGGUGGCAAUGAAGCGGACGGGCAGGGUGGUGGCAGCGAUGGGAGUGUUGUCUGGAGCGAUGGCGGUGUGAGGGAGCAGCAGCAGGAGGAAGCGGGCGGCGCAGUGGAAUGGGAGAAGCUCCAUGAUGGCAUCAGCAGUGUACCUUCUCAUGAUGAUAACGCUGCCCUCCACACCUUCUCCUCCACCCACACGCCCAUUCCCUCCCCCGUACCCACUCCCGCCUCCUCGCCCCCGCCGUCGCUGCACGUGCAGUUCCAAGACUUCUACUCCACGCAUCUUGCUGACAUCGCGCCGCCCUUCGCCUCGCAGCGUGCCACGAGGGACAACGCCAUGGCGCUGCUCGCCCUGCACCCCCCGCCUCACACCCUCGCUGCCAUCUUCCGAGCUUGUUCGUCUCUCUUCCUCGUGCCGCUCACCCACCGCAUCCGGGCAGCUCUUGAGAUCUUUUCUGCCCACGGGCUGCCCGAGUCGCUGUUUCUGAGUGUCAUCCGGCGGGUGCCCGAGCUGAUUCUGGAUGCCCGGCUGGAUGACGUCAGCAGCAAUGGCAGCAACAGCAGCAGCCAAACCAGCAGCAACAAGAGCAGCGACACCCACGAAAAGGAGCAAACAAGCAAUUCUCACUCAGAGCACCAGCAGCAGCAAGACGCCCAUGCGCCUCUCUCUGACUCCCACAACUCACCAACCAGCCUUCCUCCCUCGCACCUCCCCUCCACCGACCUCCCCCACCUACAGCAGGUGUUGCACUUCCUCUUCCUGCAUCUCCCUCCCCCCACUGUCGCCAAGCUGCUGCACUCGGCUGCCUGCCGUGUCUUCCGCACGCCCCUGCCCUCGCUCCUCCUGCACCUCUCAGCAAUGCACUCCAUGCUCGCCCCCCCUCACUCCCUCCUCUUCCGCUACCCCCUCGCCCUCCGCUUUUCUCCUGAGAUCCUCAAAGAGAGGCUUUCGCGAUUGGCUGAAAUUGUGCCGCUGACAGAAGCGCAAGAGGGGGUGGGAGGUGAAAAUGGAAGUGGAGGAGGGGAUGGAGAGGGGAGAGCGAGAAGAAAGAUAAGACUUGACUCUGUCUCUCUUCUCCCAAUCCCUCCUCUCGAUCCUUCUCUUUCAUUCUCGGCGGAUCCAGCAGUUCUCUCCCUUGUGCAAAGGCAACCACACAUCCUCCAUGCCAGUAAGGUAACCAUGCAGGAGGUGGUAACCACACUCACCACCCUCUUCGGCCCACAAGGCACGUCCUACGUGCUCUCCCGCCACCCAGCCCUGCUCACCGUCUCCCCUCGCACAAUAGAAGAAGCCAUGUUCGGACUUAUCGACAUUUUCGGCGAGGAAGUUACCCUAGAUAUGAUUCAGCGCGAGCCGGGGAUCAUACAGGUGCGGCACAGCACACUCCGGCCGAAGAUUGAGUUUGUUCUCGGGGAGAUGACGCGCAGCAAGGACGACAUCCGGGUGUGGCCGAACGUGUUGCUGCGCAGCCUGCCACGCAUGCUGGUGCCGCGGUACUUCCUGGUCACGCGGAAGGACCGCCACGCCGCCAGAGUGCUGUCUCUGCCGUGCCUCUUCAGCAGCUCUGAUGCUCGGUUCAGGCGGAGAUGGGAGGUCAGUGAUGCGGACUGGAGGAAGGCACUCAUGGUGGGAGAAGUGUGGGAAGCAAGGCGGAAGGAGCAGGGUAGGGUGGCUAGUGCAAAUCAGUGA